GCGGAGUGAUACAGCCACUUCACCUUUGUAUUUCCAAUAAACAAGUUUUAGUCAAUGACAAGUAAAUUAACAACCAGAAGGGAUUUUGAUCGACUAAUGAAGGAGUUAAAUUCUAUAAGCAAAGCAGACAUCUUGUCGCUAUUGUUACCGCCAAAACUAGUAGAAGGACGAUCCUCUUCGAAAAAGACACAGCUUUUCUCUGGUUCAUUCACUUCAAGAGUGUUGCCUUUAUCAGAGUUUCAGUGAGUCGGGCAUCGCCGGAGAUGGACAGCGGCGAGGGGGGCCAACUGCCGGCCAACCUCCUCGACCUGAAUUGGGACCAGACGACGGUACCAAGUGGGGAUUUUGACCCGUCCCUGUCCUGCAUUGUGGCGCCGUCGCCUUCAUCUGGAGACUCGGGCGACAAAAGAUUGCAGCUGUUGGACCAGAAAGGUGUUCGCCUUAAUGCCUCCACGAAAAUUGAUCUUUUCACUUUACACCAGCGUCAGAUUCCACCGACAUAUUUGGAUCAGAUCAACUCCGAUACUUGUUUUGCCGAGAGAGCUGCGAGAUUCUCCAUUUUCGACGGCCGGAAAAACAGCAGACUUGCAGCUCAGCAGCUCGGCCUUGUUGAUGCUGAAAAGAUCAUGAAAGCAGGCAGCAGCAACUCUUUCCCAAUUGGGUUGCAGGGCUGCAGAAAGGAGAUCGCGGUGCCUGGUGGAUUGAAGUUGGACAUAAACAAUGGUGAAUUGGUGUCCGAUCCAGCCAACCAAGAAACGAUCAGCAUCAAGAAACGAAAAGCUCCACCGAAGGGCAAAGGAAAGGGUAACAGAUCAGACAUUUCUGCCAUGGAUCACUCCAAGGUGAUAGAAAAAGAAGAUUGGAAAGUGAAAAGGCGCUGUCUGAUGGAGAAGAAUAGAACUGAACAUGAUGAAGCUGUGCCCAAGGUAGAGAAAGCUGAUGCUUUUAGCAGCCAAGUCAAAGGUGAUCUGAAAAAAGGAAAGAAAACCAAAGCCAAAUCCCCUGAGAUUGUGAAGGACUAUAUCCAUGUUAGAGCAAGAAGAGGUGAAGCUACUGAUAGCCACAGCCUUGCUGAGAGGGUAAGAAGAGAGAAAAUCAGCCAGAGGAUGAAACUUUUACAAGAUCUGGUUCCUGGCUGCAGUAAGGUAACUGGAAAAGCAGUCAUGCUCGAUGAGAUCAUCAACUAUGUGCAGUCUUUGCAGCAUCAAGUGGAGUUUCUUGCUAUGAAGCUUGCCACUGUGAACCCGCAAUUGGACUUCAACAAAUUGGCAAAUUUUCUUCCCAAGAUUCAUCAAGAUUUUGGAUCAAUGCAAAACCCAGUUUACUAUUUUGAGGCUUCAGGGGUGCCCUCUCCAUAUGUUAACCAACCGCAACAUGGAACCUCUCUCCAUUGUCUGUUGCCUAGUGGAAUGGAGAUACAGAGUUCCAUGAACCGGCUGGAUUCAACUGUUCAUCAAAACCUCAAUACGCACCAGAAUUUCCUUGCUGGAUUUGAAGUUGCUUCAUCUCAGAUGGGGACUAUUUGGGAAUGUGACCUCCAAAAUUUUCAUGUAGACGUCGAACAAAAAUAGGAGAUUGCCAUUUUCUUUGAGCAUGGAUCGGUACGUUAAAGAACAAGGCAUCUGUGCCAGGGAUCAACUUGAUAAAUAACUGGAAAAGAGAAUGCCGACUGAUUUAUGCGACCAGGAUCUCCCCAAACAGCCCACACGCAACUAGCUGAGGUCAUUCAAACUAUUUAAAUGUAUUUUCUUUGAGCAUGAAUUGUUUACUCAAAUGCUCAAGGAGAUCUUUCAAGAAACUUGUUGCUAAGUCAUUUGUAUUUUCUAAUAUUGUUUGGGGUGCAUUUCUAAGUUCUUCAAUCAAUUUAUUUAUUUGAAAGGUUCA